GGAGGAGAAGACGAAGAAACUGCAGCUGCCGCUGCCUCGGUGAGCGCUGGGAGAAGGCACAGAGUUGAAGAUCGCAAGAGCAGCGGCACAGGCAGCCCCCGACUCCGUUCCACUCCGGGCCCGGAUCCAGCCCUCCAGGUUCCCAGCCGCUCGCCUCCCUCUGACGCACUUUAAAGAGUCUCCCCCCUUCCACCUCAAGGCGAGUAAUAGCGACCAAUCAUCAAGCCAUUUACCAGGCUUCAGAGGAAGCUGUUUAUGUGAUCCCCGCACUAAUUAGGCUCAUGAACUAACAAAUCGUUUGCACAACUUGUGAAGAACCGAGUACAUCCAUGGAUUGUCUUUGGACUUAGGGUGCCCGGCCCGCCUUUUGCAGAAGAGAGGAAACUUUUUUUUCUCCCUCGAGAAACUUUUCCCCCCUUCUUUUCUCUGCCCGCAGCUCUGGGUCCCCCACGCUACCUCGCCAAAAAGAAAAAAAAAAAUACCCCUCCCCAUCCCAGCCUGCAAACUCUUCUGGAAGGAUUUUUUUUCCCCUCUCUCUCAUCUCUGGGUGCGUUCUGGUUCAAGAUUCUCGGGCUCCUUCCCGUUGCCUCUCCUUCCCCCCUCCCCCUUUUCUUUUCUUUCUUUUUUUUUCUUUCCUUUUCGACAGCACAACAAAAAUAUCAUUUUUUUCUCCCCGAAACUCGGCAUCGGAGCCAGCGCACUGCUGACGCUCCGGAGCGGGGGAGCCCCCAGGACUCGCUCGGCGGCGCAGCAUGUUCCAGCCGGCGCCCAAGCGCUGUUUCACCAUCGAGUCGCUGGUGGCCAAGGACAACCCCCUGCCCGCCUCGCGCUCCGAGGACCCCAUCCGCCCGGCGGCUCUGAGCUAUGCCAAUUCCAGCCCCAUAAACCCCUUCCUCAACGGCUUCCACACGGCAGCCGGCAGGGGCGUCUACUCCAACCCGGACUUGGUGUUUGCAGAAGCCGUCUCCCACCCGCCCAAUCCUGCGGUGCCGGUCCACCCCGUGCCGCCGCCGCACGCCCUGGCAGCACACCCCCUGCCCUCCUCGCAUUCGCCCCACCCCCUCUUCGCCUCGCAGCAGAGAGACCCUUCCACGUUCUACCCCUGGCUUAUCCACAGGUACCGAUAUCUGGGCCACAGAUUUCAAGGAAAUGAAACGAGCCCCGAAAGCUUCCUUUUGCACAACGCCCUGGCCCGAAAGCCCAAGCGGAUCCGUACAGCCUUCUCCCCGUCCCAAUUAUUGAGACUGGAACAUGCCUUUGAGAAGAAUCACUACGUGGUGGGAGCAGAGAGGAAACAGCUGGCCCACAGUCUCAGCCUCACGGAAACUCAGGUAAAAGUAUGGUUUCAGAACAGAAGGACAAAAUUCAAACGUCAGAAGCUAGAGGAAGAGGGUUCGGAUUCUCAACAGAAGAAAAAAGGGACGCACCAUAUUAAUCGAUGGAGAAUCGCUACCAAACAGGCUAGUCCAGAAGAAAUAGACGUCACAUCAGACGAUUAAAAACAAAAACAAAAACAAAAUCCCACACAAACAAAACCAAGACAUAACAGAGACAGAAAAAGGAGAUGAACAAAAACAAGCAAGCAAAAUCCAACAAACCACAAACACACACAAAGAGAAAGCGAGAAGGUGGCACUUAGAAACUUUCCAGCAGAAAGUGUUAAGGAUCACAACCCAAGGCAGAGUGGAGACUGAGGAGAAGGCUCCUUCAUCAACAUGCAAUUCUCGUCUUAAGAGGCAGCUGAGUGAGAGAGAGAGAGAGAGAGAGAGAGAGAGAGAGAGAGAGAGAGAGAGAGAGAGAGAGAGACUGAGGGAAAGGGAGAGAGAGAGGUCCAAAAUAUAGCAUGGCCGACCCGGCUCUGACAAGGGGAGCUGUCAAUCAAAACCAAACCAUCAAGACAAGAUGAUUGACAGAUAUUCCGUUUAUUGCAGUCCACUUUAAAAAUGAUAAUGAUAAUAAUUAUGAUAAAAAUAACCAACCAGGCACAAGACAUUUUUUGCACUUCGAAGUUUUCCACUAUUUAAAAAUAAUAAUAGUGAUAACAAUCGAAAUUCCACAUCCAGCCCAAGCCCCACACCUAUUUCAGAAACUUGAAUUGCAUGUACCAGUUGUUGGGCAAACGGUGUCUAAAGACAGAAAAUGAAUUGUAACUUUUUUCCUUUUUAAGACAGGUCUGUGUGCUUUUUAAUUUCUAUUUUUACGAGAAAUGUACAGUCUGUAAACAUUUAUUGAUAAUUUCUGACGUCAAAGUGAUUGUGACAGCUAAACGAAGUAGCAGUUCACCAAUAGUGGUCCUCUAAAGAGAAAAAAAAAAGAGAUGAGAGGGGAGGGAGAGGCUGGAAAGGGGGUUGGGGUGGUGGGGGGAGGGUGAAAGAGAGGAAUCUUUACUUUUGCUGGAAAAAAAUUAAAUCCUGGUGUGUUGUUUUUCUUUGGUUGUUGAUUUUUUUGUUGUUUUUUUUGACAUUCCCUUUCCAACCAUCUUGAAGCUUAAAACAGGAGUGAACUUAAACCUUGUGGUUGGAGAAAUUGGCAGAGUUCAACCAUUCGAAGUGGUUAUUCAGAACUUCUUUAAAAUGCAAAAAGCAAACAAACAAACAAACAAAAACCCCAAACUCAAGGACUGUAGAGGAAUUGAUAUUGAGUGUGACAAAUAUCGGGCGGCAAGUUUUCAAGCACUGAGUUUAUAUUCCAAGAUCCUAGAGCUACUAAAGAGUGACAAAUGGUUCCUUAAUGUCUUCUAUACCAGAAUGUAAAUAUUUUUGUGUUUUGUGUUAAUUUGUUAGAAUUCUAACACACUAUAUACUUCCAAGAAGUAUGUCAAUGUCAAUAUUUUGUCAAUAAAGAUUUAUCAAUAUGCCCGCA